CAUCCGGUUUACAAAAUUUGGUCAUUUACUUCGAUUAUUUUUUUCUUUUGAAUAUAAUCAGUGAUAACUAUGGUUUUGAUAUUUACCACUACAACCAGCCUGUUAGCUCCUGAAUUUGUUGAAAGUUUUUCUGCAGAAAAACUCGCAGUUGGUCUUUUCAGAGUUUCCAAAGAUGCAGGUGUUCAAUUAAUCAAAGAAAAUAAAUCAUUUUUAAUCAGCGGUGAUUGGAAUAAUGUUAACUAUGCACAUGCGUCCCUUGAAUCUUUACUUAACGAAGAAUUAGCUAACGAAGUCAACAUAAAAAAUACUAAGUUAUUAAAAUCACAGACAAUAAAUUCAAGUCGCUCUCAGAGAGAAUCACAAUCUGCCAAGUUUCGAACAAACAGCACAGGAAAACACAAUGAAGGGAUUAGAAGCAAAUCUUGUCAGAAUAAUCCAACCGUUCCGCAACCCAUGGUAGUUGUGCAUGGAAUUUUGGAUGAAAGUAAUGUCACAAAGCAGUUGAAGCAAGUUAUCCAGAAAAAAGGAAAUCAAAUAGAUCUGCCGAUUAAGAAACAUAUUGUUAUAAGUGGUGCACCAGAAAAGUUAAAGAAUUCAGAAGAAACACAAAAAGAAACAAAUAAUGAAGACAAUGAUAUUCAAUCAAAUAUGGAUGAUGAAGGUCCUGAGAUUGUUAACAGUCAAGAAAAAGACAUUAUUGUAAAUCAAACAUCAGUAAAAGAGAGGUCUGCAGACAUUGAAGUUAUAAUUAAGACAGAGCCAGUCACAGAUGACUUUGAUGGAGAUACUGAUGUUGAUGAAUCAUACAAAAAUAUGGAUGAUGAUUGUUCAGAAUCUGAUAAAUAUGUGGUUAUCAAAAAGGAAAAAAACCUUUUGGACGACGAAGAAGAAAAUAAUGAUAGACAGAAGCCAGAGAAAAAGACUAAUAAAGUAGUUAAGAAAAGGGGUGCAAGAAAAAAAAGACAACCCAAAGUUAAAACUGGCAGAGAGCCAGUUCCAAAAAACAGGAAGAAAUGCAAAAAGUCUGAAGAUGUAUUUCAGUGUAAAGAAUGUGACUAUAAAAGCAAUGUUAGAGACAAUUUUAGAGAGCAUAUCAAACGAAUGCAUAGCAUGUAUGUUGAUUCUUUUGAAUGUAAGGACUGUGGUAGAUUUUUUGGACUGAAAAAAGAUUUGAGUCGGCAUAUGAAACAUGUUCACACUGAAGAGUCUCAUUUUUGUGACAUUUGUGGAAAAGUAUAUAAAUCUAGAAGAGCAUUUACUGAGCAUUUGCCUGUUCAUGCUGAAGAUUAUGUAAAACCAAUGUUUCCAUGUGAAAUAUGUGGAAAGACUUUCAGCACGAAAUAUGUUUUGACAGGUCAUGUGAAUUCAGCUCAUCUUGGAGUGAAGAAGUCCUACAUUUGUCCAACAUGUGGCCGUAGUUUCACACAGAAAAACUCUUACUUAAUGCAUGCAAAUGUUCAUGCUGGGAUCAAGCCUUAUGUUUGUGAUGUCUGUGGAAAGGCGUUUUCCUACGACAAAUCCCUGAAAGAGCACAAGUACAUGCAUGACACUGUGCGGCACUUUGAGUGUGAGGUCUGCAAAAAGACAUUCCGACAGAAGGCAAGCCUGCAGAUCCAUGUGAAGGUUCACAAAGAGACAAGGGAUUACAUCUGCCAGUCUUGUGGAAAAGGGUUCACUCAAAAGCAAGCUCUACAUCGGCAUGAGAGAAUUCACAGUGGAGACAAGCCGUUCAAAUGCAACUUGUGUUCCCGGAGGUUCAAUGACUACUCUAUCAUUAGAAGACACAUGAUUAUGCUGCAUAAAAGAGACCCGAAGUCUCCAGGGGAUUGGAAGAAGGACAUCAUUUGUACCAUGAAACGGAAGACUGAUUUCUACAUAGAUGGUGGUACAGGCUAUAACUCUGGGGAAAGAGUUUCACAUGAAGAAGACACAGGAAAAGGUAAAGAAACUGACGACACUGUAAAUGCUGGUGUUGAAAAUGCUAUGGCAAUUCUAAAUGAUGACAUUAUGAAAGGCGAUGAUAAUAGCCCUGCAAAGGAUCAGGAAAUAGAAGAGACAGAAGACGCCCCGAAUGUUGAACAUUUAAGUAGUGGUCCAUCUUAUCAUGAAAUGGCGAGUGUAGCCUUUUCAUCAGAGAAGCCAUCCGAUUCAGGAGAUCAGUCCCCGUCAGCACCUAUAAACUACAGCCUUCCGCCCAGUUAUGCAAGCAAUACCAGACCAACUGGAGACACUGAUGUGGAAGAAAGUUUAGCUCGCUUUCAAACUCUAGUAGAUUCUUACCGAAGUGCAAUAAACACACGAGACAUUCCACCAAUGCCAGGAAUGCCCCCUUUGUCUCACCCCAUUGGACUGGGGUCAGAAAUAAGACCCCCUAUGCCUCAAGGACAUCUAACUCCUACCACUGACCCCAGCUCUGGACAGUCCAUAGCCCCACCCCCAUGGGGAUAUUCAGGGUACCCUUACUAUAAUGCUGCAAACUUUCCAAAUUAUCAGGGUCCACAUAGCUAGUAAACAUUACUUGGUAACCGUGAAAAACCUGGUGUAAACAAAAAAGGCUGGAUAAUCAUUGUUGAUUUUCUUAAAACAUCCUUUUUAAUUAAAAAUAACUUUCUAUCUUUGCAUUAUUUACAUUGUACAAAAUUGUUAUUGUAAUUAUAAUUGAUCUUAUCAUUUAUAACUUUUUAUUUUUUAUUUGUAUAGUUCCUCACUAUUAGCUAUAUUUUAGUGGCUUCAUUAUGUUAAUUGAUAUUUGAAUAAUAAAUGCACCAAAUUGCCGAAUGUAGUGCUGAAUAGAUUGAAUAGUUGUUUUGCUCUGUUACCUUUAUACAUUAUCAUAAACUUGACUGAAGGCGUGUGUUACCAUUUUGUUGUAUAUAUAUAUAUAAAUUGUUAUUCCAUUUAAUGAUGAAGUUUUUAAAUUUUGUUGAGGGUUUUCCAAUGAAACUUUUGUGCAUUUUAUAUUAGUUUUGGGUGAUACAGAACAUCUUUUUAUGGUAUUUCUUCAGCUUAUAGGUAAUUUUUCUGCAAUGGCUAGCAUAACAUAGUUUUAUGUGAAGUUUACCCUAAUAUUCUGACUUGUAGUGGGUUGAUUUUCACUUAGUAAGCUGACAUCUUUAAUGGCCCUCAAGUUCAGUGAUGCUUUCAACAUGUUAUUUUUCAUUUUGAAUUAAUGCGACUCUUAAUACUCAGGGGCUCAUAUUUAUGAAUGCUGUUAAUAUUUUGUGAGUGUAUUGAAUGAAAAGUAUGUACGUAACGUCGUUAUUAAAAAUUUACUGGUAAAAUAUUUGUAUUUGUUUGUUCUAUAAGUCAUAAUGAGUAUUUGUGGAUGUAUGGUGUCAAAACUCAAAAGUAUGUAUUAAUUACCAUUUAAUUCAAUAAUGCAGUUGUUUGCUUUAUAGCUGAUAUGUAUAUGACAGUCAUAUAUCAACUUGUUGUUAGAAAUACAUGUUAUGUUUACUUGUUAUAACACAUAUAAAAUAUGAUGGCUUGUGUAAAUGAAAUACAUUUAAAUUAAGUGACUGUAUAUUUUUAACCGCAUUUGAAAAAAGAAACCUAACAUAUAUCAAUUGCAUUCUUUAAAUAAAUUUGUUAGAUGAAACUUGAUUUUUUACAUUAAAUUAUAAAUUGAA